AUGAGCCAGCUGCAGAAAUCCUUCGCCAAAUCUAAAUUGGCCAAGCUCUCGCACCAGCUACCCCCCCACGACCUGUCCGCGACUCCGUCUGCUUCUAUGUACCCCCUCAACGAGGAGCAGGGAGAGUCCAGUCACGAUGAGGACGACUCCUCCGCUUCAUCCACCGGCACGAUAGUUCCUUCGCCCAGUCGCAAUCUAUUCGCCAGACCAAAUGGUGGUCGCGGAUCCCCCCAAACAAGCUUAAGCUGGACCGAGUUCUUCACUCAAGACCUGCAUCUCACUCGGGUCGACUCCAGCACUAACACGCGCAUCACCCACCAUGUAUACCUCACGCCCCCCGCCGACUCCGGUAGUCCGCUCUUCGUGAUGCACCACGGCGCCGGCUCCUCGGGCCUUUCGUUCGCCGCGUGCGCCGAGGAGAUCCGCAAGCUCCUACCCAACGCAGGCAUCCUAUCGCUCGAUGCUCGUCACCACGGCGGCACGGUCGUGACGACAGCCUCCACCGCCAACGACGAAGGGGACGACAGGGCCCCUCAAGAAGAUGGAGGCUCACCCGCUCUCGAUCUCAGCCUGGAAACCCUCAACGGGGAUCUCGUCUUCGUCGUCCGCGAAACCCAGCGCAAGAUGGGCUGGGACAGUCUUCCAGACCUAAUCCUCGUCGGGCACAGCCUAGGCGGCGCCGUGAUAACCGACGUCGCAAAGACCGGCGACCUAGGAUCCAAAGUGCUGGCCUAUGCCGUUCUAGAUGUUGUUGAAGGAUCCGCAAUGGACGCCCUCCAAAGCAUGGAAACAUAUCUCUUAACUCGUCCCUCCCGCUUCCCUUCCAUAGCAUCCGGCAUAGAAUGGCACACCCGCUCGCGCACAAUCCGCAACAAAACCUCCGCCCGCAUCUCCGUCCCCUCCCUUCUCUACGAACAACCCACCCCGACAGACCCCACCAAACCCUGGGUCUGGCGCACCAACCUGUCCGCGACCAAACCCUUCUGGGAGAACUGGUUCAUCGGCCUGAGUCGGAAGUUCCUCGAUGCGCGCGGCGGCAAACUACUCCUGCUGGCGGGGACGGAUCGGCUCGAUAAGGAGUUGAUGAUUGGGCAGAUGCAAGGCAAAUACCAAUUACAGGUUCUACCGGAAGCGGGCCAUUUCAUUCAGGAGGACCAGCCGGCCAAGACGGCGCAGAUCCUGGUGGACUUCUACAAGAGGAAUGAUCGAAGUGCGUUGGUGCUGCCGCCCAAGGUGGCGGACAUGCAGGCUCAGGCGGCCAUGAACAAAGGGAACGGCGCUGGGCUAGGCUCCGGAGCUGGGGCCUUCAAGAGGGCUUAG